AUCGCUGUCAAAAAAAAUAUUACGAAAGCAGUGAGUGUGGUAACAGACAACAUGUCCUACAGCCUCUUGUUGAUUUUGCAGGUGAUAUUGACGUUAGUGUAAGACAGCAGACUUUGUCGAAACUUUAGAGGAAGAACAGUAACCUGCGUUGUUAUUCAACAGGAAAAAAGACCAAGCGUAGCUUUUCUGUGGUUGCAUGGAUUUAUACUACUAACGUUAGCUGAGGCCUAGCUGUUAGCUAACGUGACUUUUCUCCGAAGUGUGCAGGAAAACCUGUGAGGUGACACAGCCUCUCUACUGAUAAGUGUCCACUGGAAGACUAAACUCCAUCAUCACAAUGACAGCUCAGGAAGGAGAGGGAUGGGGAGGCAUUAAUCUGUCACCACACCUGCACACAGAUGAGUGCAACGAUCUAAUAAGUCGUUUGAAGCAGUGCCACGCAGAGCACAAUGUCCUGAAGUUCUUCGGCACGUGCAAUGACGUGGACCGUGCCAUGCGGCAGUGCCUGAAGAAAGAGAGACUGGAAAAACGGGAGCACAGCAAGCAGCAUGCACAAGAGAUGAAGAAGAGGCUGAAAGAAGGGCCCAAGGUGUGUUUUUAAAGGACAUUUUACUGCAGUCUCGCCUUGCCACUGCAAGUCAAAAGUAUUCAGACACUGGGUCAGUGGAUUAAGCAUGACACUGUGUAUGUAACAUGCCUCCCCUGCUGUUUUUGUGUCAAGACAAAGGAAGGGCUGUGACUGUGUCUCUUUGUAAAUUAUGAGAGGAGUGUGGGUUAUAUCAGCAUUGACAGAGUCUAGCCAUGAUGUGAUUGUACAUCAACCAGCUCAAGAAGUUGUUAUUACUUAAUAUUACUUCUGCUACUAUUAUUUUGAUAUUUGUUGAGAGAAACACAAGCAAGAAGAAAGGUUAUUUAAAUGUGGGAUCAUGCACCAGCUUUGACAAACCUGGUUGAGAUGCACAGCUUACUCCUAUAUAUAUAUAUAUACUGUGUAAUGAAUCCCCCUAACUAAAACUUUAAGUGUUACUAAUUAAAACAACAACACAGUGCUUUGGAUUAGAAAUUGCUCUUAGAGAUCCCUAUUUAUUCCCCCCUCUAUCAGCAGUACACUACCACUAGGACACCUCAGGAAUUCUCCUGUACUUGAAAACUUCAUGAAAACAGGCAGAGUAUAAAAGAUGCAUAUAAAAAAGACAGGAUCACCAGUGGCUGAGUUACUCUCGAUUUGAGUGUACAUACAUACUGAACACAUUCAUUGUUGUUUGAAAGUUUAUUUGAAAGGGGAAUCAUAUUGGUUCAUGAGAGGAUUAAUUAAUUUCAAAUAAAGUGAAAUGAUCAGUGAUGA